UUUUGAUUCCAGCUUUCCUGCGCAUCAUCUGGAGUAGGUAGAUAAACCGCGGGGUAUUCAGAACCGCUUUCGCCCAUAUUCCAGCCCUGAACCAUGGCCUGAGGAAAAAGUCCGUAAUUGCGUUGGUUGCAUAGCAGAGUGUCUCAAUGCCUUGCAGAUGGCAGCACAACAUGCUUUCCAUUGCAUAGGUGGCAGCUCAGCUGCAGCUCAGUCCCCAGAUCGUGGCUUUGGGGCCUGGGACGCGGCGGUGUGUCAGCGCCAAACGGCCAAAUACUGAGUGAUACAUCGCACGAAUAAUUUGACUGUACGGUAAAAUUGGAUGCACUUCGAGACUGCUUUACUGCAUCCAAAACAAUAAGAGUCACUUUGGACUGAGUGUUUUGCCAGGAACAACGCUGAACACGGUGUGCGUGCUUUAGAGUAGGUACUGCUCUGCCUUAGCUUUUCACAAGUUUGCAUCACUGUUUUACAUUGAGCCUUACAGUUAUGACAAGGAAGGUGAAUUGGUGGUAACAGUACCUCAUGUUUUUGAAGACGCUUUCUCAUGCAUCUGCCAGGUCACACAUCGGUAGCGUUGACACAUGAAGGGCGAACUCAAAGGAAAGGUAUUUUCCUACGCUGCACUGAUAAGAGCUGCCAGAUCAUUUGGCAGCCUUGGCAGUUGUGGUGCGCUGCUAUUCGCCGCCGGCCAGCUCGCUUGCUUCGUCGGUUGCGAUGUCAGUCGCGAAAAUGGGUUCCCUCGCGAGGGGAGUGCUGGUGAGGCAGGCGUUCUCCAAGUGUGGCCGACGGCAACAUAAGAAACUACUCGAGAAAUAUGGCUACGGCUGCCUAUCCUCUUGUGCGCGACUGGAGCAGCUCAACACCCAGGCUCCCUUCGACGAAAAAACGGUGACAGAUAUGAUGCAUAACAGGGAUCCUCAGCCAAGGUUACGAUUGACGGAGGAAACUGCGAGGAGCCUGGCUAAAAACUUCACAUCUGAGGAUAGGCAGUUGUUGCUGAAGGAAAUACAACAAAUCAAAGGCGAUGAAGCAAUCAGAGAGUUCUCAGGUUCCCUGGCCAGUCUGCGCUGGCGAAGUCGGUUCGGCCGGCCGGCCAGCGUGGGCACUGCCGACCCCACCGGCCGCUUCUGCCUCAUCCCCAGCAGCUGGCUCAAACAGCGGCUCGCGACCAGUAUUCCGAAGCCGACACCCGGUCAGCUGAUUCACACUGCGUUGUUUAACUCCAUCCCCUUCAUUGGCUUCGGAUUCUUAGACAAUGUCAUUAUGAUCACUGCGGGUGACUACAUCGAAGCCUCUGUCGGGGUGGCGUUCGGCAUCAGUACAAUGGCGGCAGCGGCGCUCGGAAACGCCGUCUCCGACGUGGCCGGCAUAGGCUCCGCCUUCUAUGUGGAGGUGCUGGCGAUGCGAAUCGGCGUGCCGGCUCCCAGCAUGACGCCCGAGCAGCACGACCUCAAAAUAUCGCACUGGUUCUCAAAUAUUGGCCGCGCGUUCGGCGUGGCGCUGGGCUGCAUCCUGGGCAUGUUCCCGCUGUUCUUCCUGCCGGGCCACAACCGGACCGACGAGGAGGAGGAGGGCGACGCCGCCACCUCCGACGGCGUCACCGUGCUGCCCGCCGUCAAGGCAGAGGCGCCCGACGCAACGACAGCGACGGCCUCCAAAACUGCCCCCACCUCUGCGGCGGCGGCCGAGCAGGCGACUGUGAAGGCUGCUGCGGCAACCGGCACUGACGGUCCUACCUCUGUGAAUGCAGCCGAGUCGACAAACCGAACGGCACACGUCGCAUCGGGGUCACGAUCGACAGAACGUCCAGCGCCGCCGGCCGCCGCGACGGCAGCGCCCUCGAGCGGCGCCGGCUGCCAACAGCCGCCCGGCGGUGACGCGCCUAAGUAGACCCAAUGUAGCCAGACAGGGGAAGAUGGUGCUAGACGCACGGUCACUGCUCGGUCGCUAGUGUUUACGGGUGCGCUCGAGUGCCGCAGAGACAGCGGCGCGACUCCUGAGAGGACUUGGUGCCCGAGCCGCCGGGCCGUGCCCUGAAUGGCGACCCAAUCAUGUGAGCGCGCGCGCUGAUGCGUUCGCUAACCGGCCGGCCGUUAUAGAGCGCGUUAUUUGUGAUUGGAUGGUUUACAGGAGGGUGGCUCUCGCGUGGGUGGACCGGUCGAUUGUGUGAGGACGACUGAUUUUCAGCAGCGUCGGAAAUGUUAUCCUAGAAUUUUGGUUUACGAAAUCAAAAUAGCCGAGAGAUAGGCCAUUUGCUGGAGCGUAGGAUAAAUUUCGCCUCGUUGUUGGUUCUUCACUCAUCGUCAGUUUGUUGGUUGCUUGUUAUGGAAACAAUCUGGACAAUAUCUCAAUUACGGGUUCGAUUCGUCGGAAACUAGACUGUUUUUACGGCACCGUUGCAAAGCUUCGCCAUAAUCUCACGAGGGAUCGAUAUGGAUGUAAGUGUUAUGAAUCACGUAUUUCAUUCGAAGUAUUCGUUGCGAACUAUCGAAUCAUUUGAUUGUCGACCUAACGUAUCGAUGUUAACCUCCGCUCGAAUCGACUUCCCAGGGGUGGAAUCGAACCCCGGUCCUACGCUCGGAGCACCGUGCACUGCGCGGCGGGACGCCCGACCGAGACUUCAGCAGGGAGUGCGACGCGUCCGACUCGAUAUACCUAUAUAUGUGUAGUCGUGUUGAUCCUUAUGUGUCCGUUGCCCAUGCUACUCGAGGAGGUGCGUUUAUGUCGGUAGGUCGAGGGCGGGCGGGGACGCUCGCGCGGCGCGCGGGUCGCCACCAGACGCCAAGACGUGGCAACACGUGCAAUAGGGCCGCUGGGCGGCCUUGGGCGGUAGGAACCAGACACUCUGAUGCCGGUACGAGCAUUCCAGUGCGCGGCGGUCCUCUGCGGUCGCUGAGCUCUGUAGAUGCGGCGGAGCCCCGCGCUACAUUGCUCGUGUUUUGCGGCCGGUCUUCAGCCAUGCUGUGACGGCUCCCGAGCGACAAUGAGGAUGUCUGGCUGGCCCGUGGUGCAGAAAUGUUGUAAAUAUACAAUUUUCGGUGAUGAA